ACAGAUUGACGUACCGCGCCAGCAGCCGUGAUGAAAAAGCAGGCCAGUGCCAGAAACUUCAUGUGCUUAACAGCUGAGUGAUUUGCGAGAAAAAAACUGUCAGAUGGACAGUAGAAAACAUUAUGAAAGACAUUGAUUCGAUAGAAGGGGCCAAAGAUGACUUGUGGUGUGAAGUGGCGCAGGAUGAGGAGGACGAGGAGCCCCCCAUGAGGCACAGCUUCUCCGUGGAGGACCUUCUGGACGAGGUGGAGAAGAUCAGCAGCGCUGCCUCGGGGAACCAGAAGGUUGAAAUAGUGGUGAGGCUGUGGAAAGAUGGCUUCACUCUUAAUGACGAGGAGCUGCGAAGUUACACCUCAGAGGAGAACCAGGAUUUCCUUGAGGCCAUCAAAAGAGGGGAGCUGCCCCUGGAGCUGGAGAGCAGAGCGGAAGAGGAGGAGCUGGAGGUGAACGUCGAGGACAUGAAAGAUGAUAUGUACGUCCCCAGGAAAAAGAUCUUCCACCCAUUCUCAGGGAGGGGGUACAGACUGGGAAGUGUGGCACCGAGGGUGGUGGCCAGAUCCCGGUCAGUGCACGAGGACGCCGGCAACCCUCCGCUGCCCGUCGUGGAGCUGAAGGACGACGAGCCGGUCACCUCGCUGCAGAUCUGGCUGGCCGACGGGCGACGCCUGGUCCAGAAGUUCAACCUCUCUCACCGGAUCAGGGACGUGCAGGACUUUGUGGGCCAGACCCAGGCGACGGAGGCGCCCUUCAUCCUGACCACGUCUCUGCCCUUCAGGGAGCUGACGGAGGGGGGCCUCAGCCUGGCCGCGGCUGACCUGAGCAACGCCGUCAUCGUGCAGCGGCCCCUCAACACACAGGCCCCCUUUGGACAUUCCUGACUCCGAGGCAACCAGAGCCCUCCCUCACCUGCACACACACACGCGCACGCACGCACACACACACACACACACACACACACACACACACGUAUGCGCAUGUGCACACACACAUAGGCACCCCUAACUAGCCCUCCCCCCACUCUUGCACCCCACACAUCCCUGCCUCCCUAGACAAAGGGAUGACGCACAGUGACUCCAAAAUCACUUGACUCUUUUACUCUCUCUCUCUCUCUCUCUGUCUCUCUCUCUCUCUCUCUCUCUCUCACUAUCUGUUCUAUUCAUUAUUCGUCACGGACUUGCUACUCACGUGAACAAACGCAAACACACACAAGAGGAAAAACCCAGGCCAUACCUCCUACCACAAACGCCAGCUCCCAUUCUACUUAGCGCUUUUUUGUCCUGUCUUGAUUCACGCCCUCCCCUUGCCCUCCCCUAAAAUGCUACACAAGGACUCGACUCCAGUCGGAAGACUGUAAGUGCAGGUCAUCGACAGGGCUUCCCUUGAUGUGGUGCAGCAUUUUGCACCUCGCCACGGCAUUGUAUAUCACUGUGUACAGACAACUUGAUGUGAAACAGAUCCAGUCAAGCUCUUGGGCAUGGUGGCUGAGCCCGCCUCAGUUCAGUCACACAGCGAGGAAUGUAUUGUUGUAUCUUUAAGUAAGCGUCCAGUCUGCAAUGCGAGACUAGUUAUGUAUAUCAAAGGAAAGUGAAUGGAAACAUGUGAAAUUAUGCUGUUAUCUUGGAAUGUGUUUGAUUGUUCAGUUGCUUGCUGAGCGUUUUAUUUUGAAUGUUAUGGGGGGGUCUGCUGUGUCAGACAAAGAAAUCAUGCACUUUUUUUGCGUUCUUCUGGAGAUACGUGGAUGACCAAUGCCUGCAAUAAUAAAGAAAAAUCUAACUAAA